AUGUCAUUUAUUCAAAAACCAUAUCGAAACCAAUCCCCACGCCCUGUUAAAGGUGUUACUCUUCGUCUUGAGGAUUUAUUGAAGUCUGAAAUCCCAAGAGCGUCUUCUACGCAACCUUUAUCUCAAACACUAGCUUCCUCACGAUAAGCUAGAAAAAAAAAUUAAUUUUUUUGUUUUAUAUUAAUGUUUCUUUACAUCAAAUAUUUUUAAUUUUCGAAAUUAAAAAAUAAAGAUUAAAAUUGAACAGAAUUAACUAGAGAUUUCAUUUUUUAUAAUUAUUACUUAUAUAUAAAAUUUUAUAUUAAAAAAAAUUUUGCUAAUAGAUUGGAUUUUUGGUAUUGUUUCCUAUAAUUUUGCUUGCUCACAAGAUGAGAGUAAAAAACUCCACCUAGGCCAAAAAUCAGUUCUGAUUUUUCUUCUAAAAAAACUGCAGAAUCUAGCCCCGAUUUAAAAAUACGAUCAAGCUCAGCCCUAGCCCAUAAGCAGGGCUUAAACCAAACCCAGCCAGUUCGUAUGCAGCUAAACCUUCAAGAUAUCUUGAAAACCCCAUCUCCUUUAAAAGAGAAACUAAGUCAAAGCCUUCGUAAAGUAAAGCUUAACUUCGUUAGUGACUUUUUAGAGCCUGAAACAGACACACAUAUUCCUUCCUAUAAAGAUUACAAAUCAAAAACCCCAAAAAAGAGAGAAAUUGAAAAAUCUUUUAAGGAUUUUUCAAAAUUACAUGAAAUUAAGAUGACACCACUUAAUAUCUCAAUAGACUCAAUACAGGAUAGCGAUCCUGGGAAAAAAAUAAGAAAAGAAAUCCAAGAGAAAUUUAAUAUAAAAAACUUAGAUUUAGUGCCUAGGACACAUAAAAGCAGACUGCCGUCUUCAAUUUUGGUGUGUGAAGGAGAUGAUAUUCAAGUUUUUGACAUCCAACGCUCUUAA